AAUUUACAAUUCGGCCUGCAAGUAUAAUUGCUUCUCAUCUGCAAAGGAAAUUCAUAUCUGCAUUUCUAUCUUCUUUGCUAAGCAGUUUUUUGUCAGCAUCUGAAAAUGUCUGGACGCGGAAAGCAAGGUGGGAAGGCUCGCGCCAAGGCUAAGACUCGCUCUUCUAGGGCUGGUCUUCAGUUUCCCGUAGGCCGAGUUCACCGUUUGCUGCGUAAAGGCAACUACUCCGAACGGGUGGGAGCCGGAGCGCCAGUGUAUCUAGCGGCAGUGCUGGAGUACCUAACCGCUGAGAUCUUGGAAUUAGCAGGCAACGCAGCCCGGGACAACAAAAAGACGCGUAUCAUUCCGCGCCACCUUCAGCUGGCUAUCCGCAACGACGAAGAGCUCAACAAACUGCUGGGCAAAGUCACUAUCGCCCAGGGUGGUGUCCUGCCCAACAUCCAGGCGGUGCUGCUGCCCAAGAAAACUGAAAGCCACCACAAAGCCAAGGGCAAGUAAAUUCAGAAAAUAAGUGCUUUGGAUCUUACUUAACAAGUCAUUCUUAACCAAAGGCUCUUUUCAGAGCCACCCAUGUAUUCAUUAAAAGGGCUUGCAUUUUUUCUCCGUUAGUUGCUAGUUUACAACAUGGAAUUAGAUGUCCACUAAAACAAACGUGAGGGUAACAGUGCAACUUAAGGUUGCUAUAACUAAACUUAAGCAAGUUAAACAAGAGGUGGGGAGAAAGCUUGCACUACAGGUAAUUUAAAUACAUUAGCAGCUGGCCCUUCGGAUUUCCAAGCUAUUAAAAGAUGGUAGAAAUACUGGUUAAGCAUAGCGGUUGAUAAGUAGUCAACAUCCAAAUCUAAUGAAGCACUAAGACCACACUUUGUUAUCUUUGCAUCUUAAUGGGAUCACCUGAAGGCUAUAAGGGUUUUUGGGU